AUGGGUGAGGUGGAGCGGCCGCGCUCGCUUUCACGGAUCACCGUCGCGACAAACGACAGCGACUGCGAGUACCUCGACGCCUUCGACCACAUCACCUAGUCUCAUUUUCUUCUGAACGAAUAUUGAUCUCACAUCAUAUUGCUUGCAAACUAGAGAAGCUCAAACUUUUUGAAACCAGAUGCAGGAAAAAAGAAAAAUACGCCUCCGCGUACAAAGUAAGACGAAAAACUGUUCAGCAACAACUCUUUGGAGCUACUGGACACAAUUGCCGAGGUGCAGAUAACUCUGAAUUUGUUCAUGAACAACAAGUUCGACCUGGCCGAGGAGCGAAUGGCCGAACUGUGAGUUGUGCUGAACACUUGCCAAUAGAACCUGAUUGGUUGAGGUACGACAAGAGCAUGUACCACUCGCUCGGCUACACUUGCAUCCUUUUCAUCAAGUCCGUCAUGACCGUCGACAAGGUGCUGAUGACCAAAUGCCAACCGGACCUUUUUAUUCUCAGAAAGACAUGGAAAAGGCUUCAAACGCUUGCAAAGUUGCGUGCACAGUGAUAGAAAAGUUUCGGCACAAAAAGACGUUGAGCGAAUCUAUUUUCGGUGUUUCAACUAAAGAUCGACAUCUUACGGAUGGUAGGCUAUAGGAAAAGAAAAUAAUUGACUAGAAAAACUCGUUUCAGAAGAGAUUCAUGCGGAACUUUGCUAUGCGGAAGUUUUGCUCAUCCGCGCAGUUUUAUCUUUUUUUCACGAUGACAAUUUCGCCAGCUUCAUUCGCGGCGCUUUACAAGUUAGGACGUGCUACCAGACUUAUAGGUGAAUUUUCCUCGGAAAAAAAAGAAAAAGGACUCGCUUGAAGGUUCUGCGAAAGAUUGAUGAACGAAUCGUCAAUCUGGCUGGGAAGGUCUCCGAAAGUGAGAGAUCAGUUUGAAAGCGGGGUCAGGAUGGGUCUCGGAACCUUCUCCCUAAUGCUGUCGACUUUGCCUUCCAAAGUGCUGAGACUUCUGGAAGUCGUUGGAUUUUCUGGAGACAAGGUGAGUAAUUUCCUCAGGGUGUACUCGAAAUGAGAAUGAAGAGAAUAAGUUGAUUGAAAUUUAUCGAAUUGUAAAAACUUAGUUUUAACGUCAAAAAUAUAUCUAUUAAUUAACAAAUUAGUUCGAAAUCAAGUUUUUCGCUAGUGAAAACUGACAAUGGUUGCAGGAUUCCGGGAUGAGAGACCUCCAGAGAGCCGCUUCGAUGACUGGAACAUUGCAUUCUCCACUUUGUAAGAUGUCUCUGUUGACCUGGCACCUCAUAGGUAAAGCUCGAAAUUUUGAAGUCCGAAAAUAAAAAUGUGAUUUACAGCGUGCUUCGUGCUCGGUUCGGGACAGCCAGACCUCAAGAUUUGCCAGAAUAUUAUUCCAUCCCUGAUGCAAAUGUGGCCGAAGGUAGAUUUCGACAAUAAUCAAAUGGGGAGCUGAAUUCAAAAUUUUUUCUUAUUUCUUUCUAAACAAAUAAAUUCUAGAUAACUUUUUAGUCUUUUGAGUGAGAUUUUUUACCCGAUAUUUUCCAUUUUCUUUAAUCAGAAUAUUUAAUCAAAAAUCGACUGAAAAAGCAGCUAAAAAAUUUUGGACGGAAAACUACCGUAAAGCUCUUGCUUCAGGGGGCAGUACUGUUGUUCGUCAGAGCGAGGUUCCUUCUUGUCUCAGGCGACAUCGACUCGGCCAUCCACUUUUUUAACGUCUCCAUCGACUCGCAGAGCGUCUACAAGCAGUUCCACCACGGAUGUUACUGGGAACUGCUGUGAAUAGACUCCAUUUCCUGCGAAACUUCACGAAAAACUUCAGAUUUGCUCACGCCUACCUUAGGCAAUGGAGCGCUUCGGCCAACUACGCCAAGAAACUCGUCGAAGAGUCUAAGUGGUCUCGCUGUGUCUACACCUAUCUGCUCUGCAUCUUCUUCGCCGCCGACGAGACCGUCCCACAGGAAAAGCGCGACGAGACCAUCACAGCGUUAGCCAGGUCCCUCCAAACUCGCUUCCUCUCACAACUUGAAUAGACUCCAGUAAAGUGGACGGUCUCCGUCUUCGUAUCGCCGGAAAAUCGAUACCCGUCGAGAAGUACUGUGGCAGAAAAGCCAAGCGAUUCGUCACCACCAAGUCCCUGGCUUUCGCUCAUUACGUAAGUCCCCAACUAAUAUAAUAAGAAUAUAGUUAUUUUCAGGAGUUCCUCUACUUUUGGAACGGGUUCGACAUCGUUGGGAAAAGCACAAAACUUCUACAACCAAUACUGGAUGACAUUGACAGGAUUUGGGACAAGAGGAGAUCAAAAUGUUUGUCAAACUGCUCAAAGCCUUUGACCUUCUCCAUUAAGCCGACGUCGACGACGAGUGUCUUUACUACUUUCUACGGGCGGUCUGUCUCCGACACUUGCGCAAAAAUGUUCAGGCCGAGCAGUACUUCCAAAAAGUCCUUGACAAGUGAGAAAAAUAUAGUUAAUAAUUGCAAGAAUUCCCUUCAGGGAAUCUCAAUUGGAGGCGUUCACCUAUCUGCCGCCAAAUGCGACUUUCGAACUGGCGUUGAUUAGAGUGUCCGAAGGAGCGCACAUGGAAGCUGAACUUCUUCUGGCCAAAGCGCGAUCCUACAAGAGCUAUUCUCUGGAAAACAAGCUCCAUUUCCGCAUUCACAGUGCCAUGGACACGAUGGGCGUCCGCACUCCCAUCAUGUAG